UUUAUAUAUCUGGAAGACGUUUUAUAUUACGUAUAUUGUCAACCAAAGUGUCCACCUCACAUGUACGGCUGCCCAACCGUAGUCGGAUGGUGGGAUAAGUCCGGUUCGUCAGCCGACUCUCAGCCUGUCAAGAACGCCUAUGAGUUCUUCGCCCUCGUCCGAUCCAUCUGGGAUCGCAGCGGAUCUUGUCAUAUGUUCAAGUCACGCCUGGCGAAACUUUUGACCUCGGCUCCUCUGUGUACGACAGCAAUUCCCGUCACCAAGGUUGUGGGCUUUGGUCUUGGUGACUUCAGCACGACGGCGUCCGAGAAAUGGCUCAAGGAGAACAUGGACUACAUGGAAGAAAUCGAGCAGGAUCUGGACUAUCCCGAGAGAACGCCCGAGUUGGAGGUCAAGGGCCUAUGCACACACCACGCAAUGGCUCUCACGAUGGCCAGUGUUGUCGAAACAAUCCAGAAGAAACAACACGGAGCGCAACGCGGUCGUCACAUCAAGCUCCUGACCCAAGAGCCCGCCUAUACACCGGCGAUGGAGACGAUGCUCAAAGAGAUUGGCAACUUCGAUAUUGUGGGCAAGUACGGCGCAAGUGGUUUCGCAGAGCUGGACGACAACUGCAUCGUGUUUGCACCAUUUGUCAAUGCACCAGUAAAGCAGAUCAUGGCAGACCUUUCGCGCCCUGCUAUCAUCAUCUGCAACCAGAUC